GGAACCCGCGAUGGCAAUCUUGAAUUCACCCGCCGCUAGGGGCCGGCCGGGGGAGCCGCGGUGCGCGACAUUCGACUCUGAGUCUGCUGCGUCCUUCCUCCACCGUCCCUCGCUAGAAGGCGGCAUCCACUCGCUCGCUGUUGCUCGAUUUCUUGCCGGACGUGACUGCCUUGAUCAAACGGACGAUUGUGCCGCAUCCUACGAGGUCCAACACUGAACCCACCUUCGCUCGACGGUCGUGUGUUGUAUUAUCCUUUUGAGGUUGAUCUAUCGUUGGCUCGGUCUCCUGCUUGCAUUUCACAUUGCCCCAAGAAACCCAAUAGAACGAGCGCUGUAUAUUGGAUCUGGUCCGCCAUGUUCACGAUGCGCUUAGCAUUGUUGGCCUCGACCGCACUCACUGCAGUCAGCGCCAUCGACACAAUCUCGGUCAAGGGAGCCAAGUUCUUCACCAAGAGCGGUGAUCAGUUCUUCGUCAAGGGAAUCGCAUACCAGCUCGUCCCAGACGACCCGCUCAUCGAUAACACGCAAUGCAAGCUCGACUCGGACCUCAUGAAGUCGAUCGGGACCAACUCGAUACGCGUUUACCACGUCGAUCCCUCCGCCGACCACGACGACUGCAUGAAGACCUUCGCUGACGCCGGCAUAUACAUCUGGCUGGAUCUCGACACCUUCGACACGCAAAUCGAGCAGACACGCCCGCAAUGGAACCAGACGCAGCUCGACCGCUUUUCUGCCGUCAUGGAUACCUUCCACAAGUACGACAAUCUGGCAGGCUUCUUUGUGGGCAAUGAGGUUUUGACGACGGGUGAUGGCUCUGUUGCUGCUCCAUAUGUCAAGGCCGCGGCCCGUGAUCUCAAGGCAUACCGCGACAAGAAGAACUACCGCAACAUACCCGUCGGUUACUCGGCCGCCGAUAUUGCGACGCUGCGUCCUAUGUUGCAGAACUACCUGGCUUGUGGCGACAAUGCCUCCGAGGCACUGGACUUCUACUCAUUGAAUGCCUACUCGUGGUGCGGAGACUCCACCUUCCAACAGUCAGGCUACGUCGAUCUCAUCAAAAAUGUGACGAACGUGGACUACAAUAUCCCCAUCUUCCUGUCAGAGACCGGUUGUAUCAAGCCACGCCCGCGUGACUGGGCUGACCAAGAGGCCAUCUUUGGUCCCGACAUGAUCGAUAAUUGGAGCGGCUCCAUCGUCUACGAAUGGAUCAACGAAGCCAACGAGUACGGCAUCGUCAGCUACGGCGAAAAAGUAGAUCCCGCUUCUCCCGGUGCCCCUCCGGACGGCUUUCCGCGCUCCGGCACGCCCACACCCAUGUCUCCUGAAUUCCCCAACCUCAGCAGCAGGUGGAAAACACUCACACCCACUGGGGUCAAGGCCUCAGCCUACAAUCCUAAGCUUACGGCUCCGCCGUGCCCAGCCUUCACGAGCAACGUGUGGGAGGUCGAUGCCAAGUCGGAAAUGCCUACGAUCGGACAGACGUACCAAGCGCAGCAGUCGGGCGCCAGUAAGACGGGCAGUGGCGCCAGCGCGGGUCCGACCAGCCAGGGCAGCGCGAGCGCCUCGCCCAGUGCUGACAAGGGCGCUGCGUCUACAGUCUCUACUUGGGGGCUGCAGAGCAUGGGUCUUGGGUUCGUGGCGAUGGUUGCUGGAUUUUGCAUCUGGUUGUGAAUAAGGCUACGUGAAGACAGGGCAGUUCUAUGGAACGCGUUGACGGCUUGCUGACGGCAUCGCGCUGUGGAGCAACAGUUGUCGACCGUACGCUGACUUCUAAACUUUGGCCAUGUGAUCUUCGCGGUAAUGAGCGGUGAAAGGCGAUCGGACGUUUCGGGAGAAAGAACACAGGGAGCGGAGGCUUCUUGGCGCGGUGGAGGGCUUGGUUGGUACAUAUACCCCCUUUCUUCAUUCAAACAUGGCAUGCGGGCAUGGCGCUGGUGCAUAAAUGGUACUAUAGUACGAUAGCUAUUGAAGCCUUGAAGGGCUCAGCGAACUUGAUGC